CAGCUUUUAAUCAUUCCGGCCCAAAUUAAUUGAAUAAAUCUGGAACGUUGUAGAACCAUGUGGAUGAAGGAAAAAACCAGACCCGUGUAAUGGAAGAUUUGAAAACGACUCUGGAAGCUACUUGAAAGUUCUGGCUCCAUCGUCUUCUCGUAUAUAAACCGGUUCGUGCUCCUUGCGAUGCUCAUCGAAGUGAAUUCAGCUAAAUUAAUCAUCAAAUUCGAAGUCCAAAUCAGUUCGACUGUUCUUAACGGAAGUACAAAUUCAGAUUUGAGUCAAUUAUGUCUCUGAUUCCAAGCAUCUUCGGAGGUCGCCGGAGCCACGUUUCCGACCCAUUCUCUCUGGAUAUUUGGGACCCUUUCCAAGGCUUCCCGUUUUCCAACGCCGUCGGCUCUGCUCGCGACACGUCGGCAUUUGCGAAUGCGCAGAUCGACUGGAAAGAGACGCCGGAGGCUCACGUGUUCAAGGCGGAUCUACCGGGGCUGAAGAAGGAGGAGGUGAAGGUGGAGGUAGAGGAAGGGAAGGUGCUGCAGAUCAGUGGGGAAAGGAGCAGGGAGCAGGAGGAGAAGAACGACCAGUGGCACCGCGUGGAGCGGAGCAGCGGCAAGUUCCUUCGCAGGUUCCGGUUGCCGGAGAAUGCCAAGGUGGAUCGGGUUAAGGCUUCAAUGGAGAAUGGUGUGCUCACUGUAACUGUUCCCAAAGAGGAAGUGAAGAAGCCCGAAGUCAAAUCCAUUGAGAUCUCUGGUUAGACCUCUGCUAUGAGAAGUUCAGCCUAUCCUCUGCGAUCUUUUGAGUAAAAAAAAAGGAAUAAGGAAUAUGUUGUGGUCAAAGACAGUGAUUAAUGUCAAUUGUAUGCCAUUUUAUGUUUGUGUCAAUUUACUCAAUUAAUCUGAGCGGGUGUCCUAUCCUCAUUUGCUUGAAAAUAAAUAAGAAAGGUUAAUGUGGGUACUCUUUUCACUGAUUACUUGUAUAGUGCCCCUGCUUAUAUGACUAUGAAGCUGUUAUGUUCGUCUUAAUAUUAGGGAAAUGGUGCUAAAUAAGACCUUAGCUUUUCAUACUUCCUCCGUUCUUUUUUAGUUGCAACAUUCCCUUUUU